UAAAGACAACUGUAGAAGAAAUUUAAAAAAGGACAAUCUCUCGAAAGGAAGCUGUCAUUCUACUUAAAUGAUCCACUUCUUUUUUGUGUAACAUUUAAGGUUCUGUAGGAUGCUAAGUAUAUUUUAAGAUCAGUUUAAAAAACCUCUCUGUUGUUUGAAAGAAAUGUUUUUUUAUUUGAACAUAUUACUACUCUGUUUCACGUCUGUAUAUUAAAAUCCAUUGCUUUAUUGAAAAAUAAUCAUGUUUCAUUUUUUAGGUUAAAGUGGGGAAUGGCCAUUUUUACAGUGAUGAUGCAUCCAGGCAAUUUGAUACAAAGUAUAAUGAUAAAGCUGUAAUUGGAUUCCUGGCAUUCUUUAUUGUUCUUCUGUGUCUGGCCCUCCUGUUUGUUUUGUAUAAGAUUUUUGCUCAUCAGAAGAGGGAUUCGUGCAAUUCCAAUGAUGAGCUGGGACUCAUGACCAGGGAUGAAGAUCAGAGCCUGCUGGAUGUGGAGCCCAUUAGAGCAGAGCUCCUUCUAGAUACCUACAAGAAGAAGAUAGCUAACAAAGGCUGCCUUUUCCAAGCUGAAUUUCAGAGCAUUCCAAGGGUUUUCAGCAAGCUUCCCAUCAAAGAAGCCAUGGAGCCCAGCAAUCAGAUCAAAAACCGCUAUGGCGAUAUCCUACCAUAUGAUGAUAAUCGUGUCCAGCUGUCCUCAAGUGCUGAUGGGUCAGAUUAUGUCAAUGCCAGCUUCAUAGAUGGGUACAAUGAACCAAAGAAGUACAUUGCCACACAAGGGCCUAAGAAUGAGACUAUGGCUGAUUUCUGGAGAAUGGUGUGGGAGCAGCAGUCAUCUAUAAUUGUCAUGAUGACCCGCUGUGAAGAAGGAAACAGGGACAAAUGUGCACAGUAUUGGCCAUCUCUGGAUCGAGAGGCAGAGAUUUUUGAAGAUUUCAUCGUGAAAAUCAAUGGAGAAGAUCACUUUCCAGAUUACAUAAUUCGACAACUUAGCGUCACCAACAAGAGGGAAAAAUCCUCAGAGAGGGACGUGACCCACAUCCAGUUCACCAGCUGGCCAGAUCAUGGGGUUCCUGGGGAACCUCACAUUCUCCUCAAGCUGCGUCGACGUGUCAAUUCCUUCAAAAACCUCUUCAGUGGACCCAUCAUUGUCCAUUGCAGUGCUGGAGUGGGACCCACAGGGACCUAUAUUGGCAUAGAUGCCAUGAUGGAGCAGCUGGAAACAGAAGGAAGAAUAGAUAUUUAUGGAUAUGUGGCCCAGCUCCAACGUCAGAGGUGUCUCAUGGUUGAAGACGAGGCCCAGUAUAUCUUGAUCCACCAGACUCUCCUUGAACAAACUCGGUUUGGUGACACUGAGAUCCCUCUCUCUGAAAUGCACUGUACACUGAAGACAUUGAGGCAAAGGGAUUCGGAUUCUGAACCCACUCUUUUGGAAACUGAAUUCCAGGUCAGUCAGCAACACAGCAGAAGUGAUGGAUCAACACGGACGGGGCUUUUCUGCGCACUCUGGAACAUCCUAGACAGCGCUGAAACAGAGAAGCUGGUUGACAUAUUCCAGGUGGUGAAAACGCUGCGGAAGGAGAGGCAGGGAGUGAUACUGAGCUUGGACCAGUACCAGUUCCUCUAUGACACAAUAGAGAGCACCUUCCCUGCCCAGAACAGAUAAAUGAAGUACAGCCAAGCCAAGGGAGCGGACUCUGUGGACCUGGCAUGUUGGGGCAGGACAACAGCAGUGUUACCAAAGGUGGCCAGCAGGGGGACACAUAACAGUGGGUAAUGGGAGUAGCAAGGUGGAGACCGAGAAACCCAUCAAAGAUGGGGCUAAGGUGCCCAGGACCUUCAUAGAGAAGACCACAGAGGAGGCCCUCACUAAGCGUGCCAAUACAAGUGUGGAGAAACCUAUUGGUAUCACUUUACUUAAGGCCAUGUUUUUAUUAAUUUAUAAACACAUUUGUAACAAAUAAUAAUGCAUCCAUAAAGAAUUAAUAAACAUGGCU